UGAAAUUGCGGCCUUCUCUCUGCUCCGCGUACCGCCAUUCUCUCUCACCGUGUGAAUCCGCAGGCCUAAAAAACUACGAGCGCCUGCGCCUUCUUCGCCGCCCAUCGCAAUUUCAAAGCCCCCCUGCCCCACUCUCUCUCUCUCUCUCUCUCUCUCUCUCUCUUGGCGGUACCAGUUGAUAGUUCAUUGCCUCCAUAUAGAUAUUACAUAUUAUACACUAGGCCCUCGUUUUUCCUUUUAGUACAAUGUUUUCCAUCAUUCUCUACUUGUUGUAGAACAUAUCUUGAUCUCUUCUCUCUGUUUCUAAUUCCGGGUUCUGGGGUAACCGCCUCUUAUAAGGAUAGAAUACUAUUUGGCGGCGAGUUUUAGUACAAGACAUCGAUUUUACAGGGAUGGACUAUAGUGUUUAAUUCUUUUUCUUUUGCUAAUUUUCCAACCUGUUGAUUGAGUAUCGGAAUAUCUUGGUUCUGUGAUUUCUGGUUGUCGGGGGUUGUGAUUCUUGCAUUUUUUUGCUCCUAGUAAUUCGUGGUUCUCUAGAUGGCUUCAUUACUCUUCCAAUUGUUUAAUCUGUAAAUACUUCGUAUUUUGGUAUUUGUUCUUAUCGUUGUUCCUUAACACUGUAGUCUGGGUAGCUUUUUAACGACGCUCGAAUAUUUCCCCGUUUCUUCUGUUUAUAUUGUUAUCAUGGAACGAGCAAUCUUUAGUCACGAUGAGUGUCUACCAAAGUUCAAAUUCGAUGACACUGCAAGUGAGUUUGGAUCUUCAUCUCCUGAUAAUUCAAUUGAGCAAGACUCUGGAGAUCGGUCAGAUCAUAUGAAUAUCAAGAAGUCGGUUUCGGAGCCCACAAGCAACGAAAAUUCUACCGUUUCUGAUUGCGAAAGUAGUGUUUCCGGAGGCAACUACGCGCAGCUUAGUUUGUUCGAUGGAGGAUUUGUGAGACUACGAGAAGGUGACAGGGUUCACGAUCUUAUUCAGAGAAGGUUCAUUCUGAGUUUGGGGUUGCUUGGGGCACAAACCAAAGUUGUUGCGAUUCACAGAAAUGCUUAUUCCAGCGUUAUGGCACAAGCCAGGGUUCAAUCGUUUCAGCUUUAUCUGCAAGCAAUGCAGAAGAGGCGUAAUGGGAAUGCCAAUUUGAAGUUUGCUUGGUAUGGAACUUCUGGCAGGCAAGAGGUGGGAGAGAUCACUUCACACGGCUUUAGUCAUUGUGGCAAAUCACAGAAUAAUAAUAAGCUUUAUGGUUGUGGACUCUAUCUUUCUCCAGAUGAUUCUCCUCUCGACAGUGUGAAGAGCUGUGCUGUUGACAAAGACGGUAUGCGGCACUUGUUACUAUGCCGUGUUAUUCUGGGGAGAACAGAGCUUGUGCAUCCUGGUUCUGAGCAAUGCCAUCCCAGUUAUGAGGAUUACGAUUCAGGGGCGGACAAUCUUUCAGCUCCUACCAAGUAUGUGGUCUGGUGUAGUAGGAUGAACACCCAUGUCUUGCCGGAAUAUGUUAUAAGUUUCAGAAUACCUGAAGGGUCUGUGAAGACCGGGGGGCCCUUGAGAAGACCAUCUUCCCCUUGGAUGCCAUUUCCAACUCUAAUUUCUGUGCUUUCCAAGUUCUUGCCUCCAGCUGAUAUCGCCUUGAUAUCAAAGUACCAUAAAGAUCACAGAGUGAAAAAGAUUUCACGACAUGAUCUGAUACAGAAAGUGAGACAAGUUGCAGGGGACAAGUUGUUGAUCGGAGUAAUAAAGUCAUUCAGAGACAAGGGAGCAGCAGCAAAGAAGGUCAAAGAAUGAGCCACUGUAGAUUGAAGCAGAUCUUUGACAUGCGAGAGACGGCUGGCAUGGCGGUUUAGAGUAAUAGUGCUAAUAAUAAUAAUGUGAUACCUGACCUUGGAGGCAGGCAUUUGGGAUGCGUGAAGGAAUGGCCUUUUUGCCUUUAUACAGUUGCCUUAUGAUAUCAGCAUUUGCAAGUUGAGGAUUCACCCUUUUUUUUUUUUUUUGGGAUAACAAGUUGGAGGGCUGCGUUUGCCUGGGGUAUUAAAUGAACGGUUCACAAUUGUACAUGUACAUGUUUUGCUUUCUUUCUUGGUCAACAAAA